GUGCCUCGGCGCGCAGGCAGCCAAUGGGAGCGCGCGCAGGGCCAGGCCUCGGCGAUCUCGCCGGACGGGAGCUAUUCCUGACACGUUGUCGCAGGAAGGGGGCGUCUAGCAUGCGGAAAGCGGCCAGAAUUCUGGCUGGAUAGGUCUGAGUGUGGUUGAAAUCUAGCGUGUAUAAAUACAGGGGUGCAAUCCGCUGGUCAAAGUGCUCACGAAGGGUGUCUAGGGCGUUGUGGAGGUUUGGUUGCUUCUCUUGAGAGCAAGCAAGCAAGCAAGCAGGCAAGCAGGCAAGCAGGCAAGCAAACAAGCACCAGAAGUACAAACAUGGCAUUCACCCCUAAGAUUCAGGUCAACACCGACAGAACCACCUACACGGACGAUGAGUUGACGUCCAAGUACACGUACGAAAACUCGAUUGUCUCGGUGGACCCGGCUACGCAAGCCUACAAGGUGGACACUGUAGAGACCGACUUGACGUUCAAGCUGGACUUGAAGGUGCCAAAGGUGGGUAUUCUCUUGGUUGGUCUUGGUGGUAACAACGGUACCACGUUCACCGCCGCGUCGAUCGCCAACAAGAACAACAUCGAGUUCCAGACCCGGGAGGGCCCGUUGAAGGCGAACUACUUUGGCUCGGUGACGCAGUCUUCCACAAUCAAGUUGGGUGUGGACGCCAAGGGCCACGACGUGUACGUUCCUUUCAACUCGUUGGUGCCAAUGGUCAAUCCAAACGACUUUGUCAUCUCUGGCUGGGACAUCAACGAUAUGGACCUCUACGAGGGCAUGAACAGGGCGCAGGUUUUGGAGUACGACUUGAGAGAGCAGUUGAAGCCAUACAUGUCCAAGAUCAAGCCUAUGCCUUCGAUCUACUACCCGGACUUCAUUGCACUCAACCAGGACAACAGAGCCAACAACUGCUUCAACAGAAAGGGCAAGGACGGCGAGGUAGACACGAAGAACAAGUGGGAGCAUGUCGAGAAGAUCAGAAGCGACAUCAAGAGCUUCAAGGAGUCCAACAAGUUGGACAAGGUCCUGGUUCUCUGGACGGCAAACACGGAGAGAUACUCCAACCUGAUCGAGGGUGUCAACGACACGAAGGAGAACUUGAUCAAGGCCAUCAAGGAGGGCCACGAGGAGGUUUCGGCCAGUACCGUCUUUGCCGUUGCGUCGAUUCUGGAGGGCGCUCCGUACAUCAACGGCUCGCCGCAGAACACGUUUGUUCCCGGGUUGGUGGAGUUUGCCGUUGAGCAGGACGUGUUCAUUGGCGGAGACGACUUCAAGAGCGGCCAGACGAAGUUCAAGUCUGUGAUGGCCCAGUACUUGGUGGACGCGGGCAUCAAGAUCCGCUCGAUUGCCUCGUACAACCAUUUGGGCAACAACGACGGGUACAACUUGUCGUCUCCAAGACAGUUCAGAUCGAAGGAGAUCUCGAAGGCGUCCGUCGUGGACGACGUGAUCGAGUCGAACCCCAUUCUAUACAACCAGGCGGAGAAGGAGGGCAUCGACCACUGCAUUGUGAUCAAGUACUUGAAGGCCGUCGGCGACUCCAAGGUCGCGAUGGACGAGUACUACAGCGAGUUGAUGCUGGGCGGCCACAACCGGAUUUCCAUCCACAACAUCUGCGAGGACUCCUUGUUGGCCACGCCCUUGAUCAUCGACUUGUUGGUGAUGACCGAGUUUCUCUCCCGAGUCAAGUGCCUCAAGGCCGGCGAGACCCAGUACGAGAAGAUGUACACCAUCUUGUCGCUCUUGAGCUACUGGUUGAAGGCCCCGCUCACCAGACCGUCCUACAAGCCCAUCAACGCCCUCAACAAGCAGAGAAUGGCCAUCGACAACUUCCUGCGCAUCUUGGUGGGCUUGAAGCCGCUCGACGAGUUGCGUUUCGAGGAGAGGCUCAGAAACUGACUCCGAUCCUGACAUUGCUUAUCUAAUGUGUAUAUACUAAUUCUCAAACUCUUCGAGGCACUCCACCACCGUCUUCAAGCUUUCCAACACGUUGUUGGCUGUCACCCGUACGACUCGGUCGUCCACGCCCUGGACGUCGAUGCGCAGCACCCCGCCACAGUCCUCGCUGCCACACACGCUGUACUCGAUUCUCGACUGGUCUGGCUUGAGCACCGGGUCUGGCCUUAGCGCCUGCUCGGCCACG